CGUGGGCAUGAUUGCCGGCUGGGUCGAUGUCAGUGAGCGCCAGCGCUUGCUGGGCCAAUUGCAGGAAGCCAAGGAAGACGCCGACGCCGCCAACCGCGCCAAGACCACGUUCCUGGCCACCAUGAGCCAUGAGAUUCGCACCCCCAUGAACGCCGUGAUCGGCAUGAUCGAACUGGCGCUGAAGAACGCCGAGCAGGGCCGAGCCGAUCGCGAUGCACUGGAAGUGGCCUCGGUGGCCUCGCGCGGCAUGCUGGAGCUGAUCGGCGAUAUUCUCGAUAUCGCGCGCAUCGAGUCCGGCCAUCUAUCCCUGACCCUGGCUCCGGCCAACCCGCACGAACUGCUGACGUCAGUCGCACGUGUGUUCGAGGGCCUGGCGCGAGACAAGGGACUGGCGCUGCAGGUGGAACUCGAUCCGUUGAUCGACUGUGCGGUGAUGCUUGACCCGUUGCGCUUCAAGCAGGUGGUGUCCAACCUACUGGGCAAUGCGAUCAAGUUCACUGCCACCGGCCAGGUGCGCCUCGGCGCAAUGGGCGCGACCCAUCUGGACGGUCACUUGAACCUGAGGUUAUGGGUUGAAGAUACGGGCAUCGGCAUCAGCGCCGAAGACCAGCAGCGUUUGUUCAAUCCAUUUAUACAAGGCGGCAAUCACGAACAGUCCGCGCGCAGCGGUUCGGGCCUGGGCCUGGUGAUCAGUCGCAACUUGUGCGAGAUGAUGGGCGGCCAACUGCACCUCACCAGUGUGCUGGGCAAAGGUACACGGAUUGACGUGGCGUUGGUGCUGGCACUGACGACCGAGGCGCCGCCUCAGAAAGGAUGAUCCCUUCUUUCAUGCCCAAAAGGACCG